AUGGGAAAUGAGUUUGGAAGUGCCCAGGUCAAGGCUGGCGCCGUUGCGCAGGGCGCCGUGGAUGUCAAGGCCGUGAUUGAGAGUGGGGCCUUUUCCAGGGCGGUAGACGUGAGCGGCGGCAUCACCGGCAUUGCGAAGGGGGCCUUCGUGGAUGCUGUCAGGGUGGCCAUCGAGCAGGGCGCCAUCAAGGGCAUGGAGACCGGGGCUGUGCGCUUCGACAGCAACGCGCUGCACGAGCUCUUCCAUGUGAAGGGGGUGGAGAAUGGCGCCAUCCGAGCUGCCUUCACGGGCAUCGAGGAAGGCGCUUUCAAGGAGGCAGUGCAGGCCACGAUCCAGACAAGUGCCUUUCAGGAUGCGAUUCGAGUUCAGGUGCAGAACUCCAUCCAAUGCGAUGGCUGGGUUGUGGGCACCUUCAUGGUCCUCGCCAUCCUGGCAAUGCAGGCUUCGUCGCUCGUGGCCCUGGCACCCGAGGCCAGCCUUCUUGCCGCUGGCUUGCCCAUGCGCGGCUUGCUUGCAGCUCUACCUCUGGGAGGAGGCGCGUGGCUUCUGAGAGAUGAGGCGCGGCGCAGCUGCCUCAUGGCAGGCGUUGCAGGGGCUGGUGCCAAGGUGAAGACUGCGGCGCUGACGUUGAGCCCAUGGCCGCGGAUGGGAGCCUCGAGCUCGAGCUCGGAGUGCACGGAUGCGGUGCACCAGCUGCAGUUGCAAGUGCAGCGGUUGCAGCAGAAAGUGCACCGUUUGGAGUUGGAGGCCAGUGGAUUUUUUUCUUCUUCUUUUCUUCUUUUUUUGUUUUGCUUCUCAUGUCAGUAG